ACAGAUCUUACUAUUUUCCUUUUCAUAUCACAAAGCAAACUUGGCCUACUUACUCAAAUAAACAUCAAGAGAAAGAUUCUAAGAACACACCUAACCUAACCCAAGAAACUCAACCUUUUCUCACAAUACUACCAUGUUUAGAGCCAUGAGCACCAGAAAAAUCCACAGCGGCUACGAAAAACUCGUGGAAGAAGAACCAAUAUUGAAUAGUGUAGAUGGUAAUUCAAGAGACCCGGUUCAAGAGAUGAAGAAGACACCGACGGAGAAACGAAAGGGUGGUUCGGUUCAUCCUUUGCUAAGUUUAUUCAAUGUUCCUUUUCAGAGGAAGAAGAAGAAGAAGAAGAGUUUUGCGACGGAGAAACCAACCGGUGGUUCUGUUCAUCCUUUGCUAAGUUUAUUCAACGUACGUUUUCAGAGGAAAAAGAAGAAGACGACGAAGAAGAAGAGUUUGGAUACGGCGAAACCGGAGUUUGCAAGGUAUAUGGAGUAUGUGAAGGAAGGAGGUGUGUGGGAUCCGAAUUCUAAUGCACCUGCGAUUCAUUACAGAUAGAAUCGAUGAAGGAAGGAUGAUGAAUAAAGACGUUAUAUUGUUUUAUAUAUACGUAUGAGGAAAAAGAAGUGUCACUGUGAAGGAUCCAACAUGUAAUUCGGUUGUAAUUCUGUUGUUAAGAACCUUCGUGUCCUAUAUUAUGUUUCUAAAGAUAUUUUCAUUUUUUUGUGAUAUCUACAAACCUUUGCUUUAUCAAGUUUUUCUA